AUGCCGCAGGCAGCGUUGCUUCUGUUGCUCCUAGAAGCGUCCGUACGCUGCGCCCCAGGUGGCACAGUGCAGCAGAGGGUGUCGGCACUACAGGGACGCAUUGUGAACGGCGUCGAAGCGGCACCUGGGGAGUUCCAUCAUCAGGUGUCGCUGCAGAGGAGUGGAAGUCACAUGUGCGGUGCUUCCAUCGUGAACGAGCAGUGGGCACUCACCGCAGCCCACUGCAUCGAAGUGUAUUUUCACCCUGAAAAUGACAUCACGGUGAAAGUGCUCGAAUUGGUUAAUUUAGCUGGAGAAACUUCAGAUUUAUUUCAGAAUUUUGUGCUGGAGGUUUUAAAGAAAUAUGAUCUUGAGGGAAAGGUGAUUGCAGUUUCUGCAGGCAACACCAACACCAAUUUGGGUGGAGUUACUGACGUGUACGAGGUGGUAGGUGGUACCAACAGCCUCCCAGAAGGGGGAACUAGACAUACUGUGGCAGGCCUUAGUCCUCAUCCGGAUUACGACCCUACUGAUGCCUGGGUCAACGACAUCGCCGUAAUCAGGGUUUCGCCACCUAUUUCAAUUGAUGGCGUCACAGUGGCUCCAAUACAGCUGCCAGAACAGGGGGAGCAGGUUCCAGAUGGCGCCAACGUCACCGUCAUCGGCUGGGGAGACCUCUGGUACCAGGGACCGAGUCUAGAUGGCGUGCGCAAAGUGGACAUACAAGUAAUAAACCAAGAGGAGUGCGAGGCAGUGUGGAAUGAGCGUGGCUACCCUGUAUACCCUACACAGAUCUGCGCUGCUCGUUUCGAGGACCUAAACUACGGCUCCUGCCACCAAACAUAG